GCAUAUCCCGCCCACCGCGUUGAUUUGGUUACCCGAAACCCCUCCAUCUUUUGUCUCGAGUUGGCUUGGAGAUCGAACACAAUGGAGAUGAUGGUGAUUGAGAGCCCGCCGGAGUGCCCCGGCUACAUGGGACGGAGCUACAGCGACUACAACAGCGACCGCUGCGGCGAGUUCCCCCUCGCGGGAUCACCCUCCGCCUCUGCUGGCGGCGCUUCCACCCUCCGAUGUCUUCUGGUUUCCUCCGCCGCCGACUACUCCGACGAGGUUGUCCGCGGACUCAUCUCCGACCUCGAUUCCCCCUCCGUCGAGUCUAAGCGUCGCGCCGUCAUGGAGCUCCGCCACCUCGCAAAGCACAGCCCCGAGAACCGCCUUCGCAUCGCCCGAGCCGGGGCCGUCGCUCCGCUCGUUUCCCUCCUCUCCCACCCGGACCCGCAGCUCCAGGAGCACGGCGUCACCGCCAUACUCAACCUCUCCCUCUGUGACGAAAACAAAGCCCCUAUCGCCGCCGCCGGCGCAGUCCGCCACCUCGUCCGCAUCCUCCGCUGCGGUACCCCCGCCGCCCGCGAGAACGCCGCCUGCGCCAUCCUCCGCCUAGCCCAGCUCGACGACCUCGGGGCCGCCAUCGGCCGGUCCGGCGCCAUCCCACCCCUCGUCGCCCUCCUCGAGACCGGCAGCUCCCGCGGCAAGAAGGACGCCGCCACCGCCCUCUUCGCCCUCCUGGCCGGCAAGGAGAACAGGGCCCGGGCCGUGGAGGCCGGGGUCGUGCGCCCGCUGCUGGACCUCAUGGCCGAUCCGGAGUCCGGCAUGGUGGACAAGGCGGCGUUCGUGCUCCACCGGGUGCUCUCGGAGCCAGAAGGCCGGGCGUCAGCGGUGGCGGAGGGCGGCGUCCCUGUGCUCGUGGAGACGGUGGAGGUGGGCAGUCAGCGGCAGAAAGAAGUGGGGAUGCUCUCACUCCUCGAGAUCUGCGAGGAGAGCGCCGCCUACCGCAAGUUGGUCGUCCGCGAGGGAGCCAUCCCGCCGCUCGUCGCGCUCUCCCAGUCCUCUUCCAGGAAGAUCAGGGACAAGGCGGAGGCGUUGAUCGAGCUGUUGCGACAGCCGGCCACUCCCGGCGUCAACCGGGCGAAGGCGGUGGAGUAGUCCGAGCAAAGGACACGUGGUGGUUCGGAGAACCAUGGCGGGUGAUAAUGUAAAUAUGUAGCUGCGAGUGUGUGUACAGAUUUUGGUUGUAUUUGUAACAGAAAGGAAAGAGAAAGACUCGACGGUUCCACAUGGCAACUCCAUUCGUCGCUGCUUUCGAAGUGGAGAGAGUGCUAUGCGGAGAAGACGGGGAAGCGAGUUAAGUGCUCCGCGAUUGGUGACGGAGGAGUGUUCCGGUGGAGGGUGUGCAGCCGUCUUGGAGCGUCGUAUAUGAAGCCACGUGUAGGUCGGCAAGGGUAGGGCCCGAAGGAUUUGAGGCUAAGAAAUACUUGGUCAGUGGGGUUGGUAAGUGGGGUCAUUUAUUUGAGACAUGGGAUUCGGUGGCCUGUUCUCAGAGAGAAACAGGAGACAUGGGGCCCAGUGUGUCCCAAGUAUCUGUGCCCCUGUUUUAAUUGGUACGAUGCGGUUUUCUUGCGACACGGUCAAUAAAUAAAAGUUGAUGUCACUUCAA